GAACAGUCCAAUGAUACUCAGAUAAUUUCACUAUAGUUUUAUUAAUCUAUCCUAUUGUUUCUUUGUGUUUGUCAAGUUUUUGUUGUAACUUUGUGUUUUGACAGUUGAAGAUGUCUAGUGUUUGUGCAGAUUUGUGUGUAUUUUCUGUGUUGUGUUGUGAUGUUGGGAUUUAGACAGUUCUUAUUAAAGUGCUGCUGGCGGUUCGGCGAGAUGCACACAGCCACAGCAGAGGGCCAAUACCGGGGCACCAACGGCGCAACACACCCGAGGGAUAAAGUCGCCAUCCUAGACGCUGGCUCGCAGUAUGGAAAGGUGAUAGAUCGCCGUGUACGCGAGCUAUGCGUGGAAUCCGACAUCUUGCCGUUAGACACCCCGGCGUACCACCUCAAGGAGGCCGGGUACCGCGCCAUCAUCAUCUCAGGAGGCCCCAACUCUGUCUACGCUGAAGAUGCGCCGAGAUAUGACGCUGAUAUUUUCAAGAUCGGACUACCCGUCUUAGGUAUCUGCUAUGGCAUGCAAAUGUUGAACAAGGAGUUCGGGGGCUCCGUGCUGCGCAAGGACGCCCGGGAGGACGGACAGUACGAGGUCGAAGUGGAAACCACGUGCCCCCUGUUCAACCGCCUCGAGAAACUCCAGCCAGUACUGUUGACCCAUGGAGACAGCGUGCAGAGAGUCGGGGACCGUUUCCGCGUCGGCGCCCAGUCCUCCAACCAUCUCAUCGCGGCCAUAUAUAACGAGCAAAUGCGCUUGUACGGAGUCCAAUUUCACCCUGAGGUGGACCUAACCCCGAAAGGCAAACAGAUGCUGUCGAACUUCCUGUUCGACAUAGCGGGCAUGUCGCGCUCGUUCACGCUCCGCUCGCGCCGCGAGGCCUGCGUCCAGUACAUACGCGACGCCGUCGGAGACAACAACAAAGUUCUUGUUUUGGUUAGCGGAGGAGUGGACUCGACAGUGUGCGCUGCUCUGCUACGGACCGCGCUGCGCGAGGACCAAGUCAUCGCGCUACACAUCGAUAAUGGAUUCAUGCGUAAGAACGAGAGCUCCAAAGUGGAGAGGUGUCUCCGUGAGCUGGGAGUUAGGCUUCACGUCAUCAACGCAUCUCAUCAGUUCCGGCAAGGCAGCACAGUGGUCCGCGAGGCCGGAGGCCGUACGCGGAGUACUCCACUGCUCUGCCACACACAGGCUCCAGAAGACAAGCGUCGCAUUAUCGGCGACGUGUUCAUUCGUAUCGCUGAGCAGGCCGUGCGCGACCUUAACUUGCAGGAGGACCAAGUUCUCCUCGGUCAAGGCACGCUCCGCCCCGACCUGAUCGAGUCAGCAUCAGCGCUAGCAUCCGGCAACGCGGCCACUAUCAAGACGCACCACAACGACACGGAUCUAGUGCGUGCGCUUCGGGCGCGUGGCAGAGUGGUUGAGCCGCUCAAGGACUUCCAUAAGGAUGAGGUCCGUGCCUUAGGCCUAGAACUAGGCCUCCCGUCCGGCUUGGUGCAGCGGCACCCGUUCCCGGGCCCCGGGCUGGCGGUGCGCGUGCUCUGCCAGGACGAGCCGCGCGCCGAGCGGGACUUCUCCGAGACUCAGGUCAUAGUAAAAAUAAUGGUAGAGUACGCGAGCAUGAUCGUCAAGUCGCACGCUCUACUAGGCCGCGUAGUGAACGCGACCACGGCCCCAGAGCAGGCCGAGCUCAAACGCAUCUCCUCCAAGUCGCCCAUCGCUGCUGCAUUACUGCCGCUGCGCUCCGUGGGCGUGCAGGGUGACGCACGAACGUACAGCUACGCGGUAGCACUGUCGACGGAGCGCUACCCGCCAGACUGGAAAGAUAUGCACUACCUCGCCAAGAUCAUACCUCGCGUCUGCCACAACGUUAACAGGGUGUGCUACGCAUUCGGAGGGCUGAUCAAAGAGCAAGUGACAGACAUCACGCCCACUUUCCUCACACAGCAGGUCAUCUCGACUAUCCGCCAAGCGGACGACAUUGCCACACAGGUCCUGUUGUCAAGCGGCGCAGCAUCCCGCAUCGCGCAGAUGCCCGUGGUCCUCAUCCCCAUACACUUCGACCGCGACGCCGCCACCCGGGCUCCUUCCUGCCAGCGCUCCAUAGUGCUCCGGCCCUUCGUCACUUCGGACUUCAUGACUGGUGUAGCAGCCCUGCCUGGAUCAGACGCCAUGCCGCAGGAUGUGAUAGACAGAAUGCGCAAAGAGCUAAUGAGCGUGCCUGGCAUCUCUCGCGUGCUGUACGACCUCACACCGAAACCGCCCGCCACCACCGAGUGGGAAUGAUCGCCCAACGUUUUAUAUGUUUCUACUCGUCUUGUACUAUUGCACCCGCGGCAGUGGUCCACAUUGCAGCUCUGAUUGCCUCUGGCCAUCACCGAUAGAGUCCGACCAGUGAGUCGUGUCACAAAAAAACCGGGCAAGUGCGAGUCGGACUCGCGCACGAAGGGUUCCGUACCAUAAUGCAAAAAAGGCAAAAAAAACGGUCACCCAUCCAAGUACUGACCCCGCCCGACGUUGCUUAACUUCGGUCAAAAAUCACGUUUGUUGUAUGGGAGCCCCACUUAAAUCUUUAAUCUGUUUUUAGUAUUUGUUGUUAUAGCGGCAACAGAAAUACAUCAUCUGUGAAAAUUUCAACUGUCUAACUAUCACGGUUGGUGAGAUACAGCCUGGUGACAGACGGGCGGACGGACGGACAGCGGAGUCUAGUAAUAGGGUCCCAUUUUACCCUUUGGGUACGGAACCCUAAAAACGCGGGAAUUCCAGUACAAACCGCACCUGGCAAUAAAAUUACUAUGAAAUUAAAUGACAGCUUAUUUGAUCAGGAAAAAAGUUGCCAUAUAAAGAAUUUUAAAAAAUAGCUUAUGACACGACUCGCUGGUCAGACUCUACUCCAUGUGAUUGGCUACAUCGCGGCAAUUGGUCGAAUUCGGCAGUUAUCUAAAUCGCAUGUAAUAUGUUGCAACGUCUGUAGAGUCUCCAGGCCGUUAGCUGAAAUUUUAUAAGUUGCAACACGUAGUUCGUUUUGUUUAACAUUAAAAUUAAGGUAAACAAUCUGGAUGUGUCUUUUAAUUGAAAAACACAUUUUAAAAAUAAGUUACGGCUAAUAUGUAACAAUUAUGAAUCUAAUACGAUCAUUUCUAUUCUUCUGCUUUCAUAAGUAAUAGUUACUGAUUUUUAAAAAGCGUUUUUCAAUUAAAAGUCAUUUCAAGAUCGCUUACCUUCUUUCAAGUUCUUUCUAAUGCUAAAAAACGAACUACAAGUGGCAACAGGUUACAAUUUUACUGGUCUAAACCUGCAGCAUAAAACCCAGCAAUCAUAUAUUAACUUUUUCAGCGCCAAAGACGUCAACAGACGCGCGGGGCUAAUAUCAACCUUCGUGCAUUCCCACAAGGUUCACAUGACAGGGCAUAAAGGUUUCAGAAAUUACGCAAAUCUGAACCCUAUUAGUUUGGUAUUUCAAAUUUCAAAAUCUAUGUGAGUUCCCUCUGUCUUAAAAGCGACAUACGACCAGUUUAGACUAAUAAUUUGUAUCUUGUAAGAUAUUAAAUGCCAUGUUCAAAUGUUGCCAGUAAAAUUGAAGUAUAGGGUUGGUUUGAACCUCAAAUUUAAAUUCCUUUAACACAAGGAAUAGUUGUGUGCGUCUAAAUAUUCUGAUGAAGCUCAGUUAUAGUCUGAAUGGCGGCGUAAAGGUACAAUUAUAUAUGCAAUAGUCAUAGCACAGAAUAAAAUAAUAGUACUAGGUACAGAAGGUUCACUCUCUAACAAAACGCGUCUAUUACGACAGAUAUGACCGCAAGGUGGCGCAAGCGCGAGCAGGCGUCCGUACCAUAGCGGUGCGCGGUAACGUGCUAGACACCAAAACUGGUGUGGCUGCAUGUACUUGUAGCGACGCGAUGAAAUCGCGGAGUGAGCCACGCCUGGUCAUAUCACUUACAAACUAGUCUCAUAUAUUGCAAUUAUUUCACUUGUGCAUUAGUACAAUAUAUAAUCGUAAUAUAAAAUACGUAAAGUUACAUUGUCCUUACGCCGCCAUAUGAGUACAAUUUAUUUACACAGUUCCACGUUGGAUCUCGUGCGUGAUUCGUCUGUAGUAUCGAUACUUUACAAUUAUACUAUGUAUGUAUAUAUUUAUAACGUAAUCGCAGUCAAUUGUGUUCAUAAGUAUUAUAAAAAAAAGCUACGCUCGAUGUACUGGAUUGAAUUAUUUUUAUAAUAAUGCAAAUAAGUGCCUAAUUCGAAUAGAAGCAGAUGGUAUGACUGUUUUCGAGACAUUAGCUUUCCAAGUGCAAUUUUUCCUCGAGAUCAUGUAAUCAUUUAUGUAUAACUUUAUUCACUAUAUACUCUGUUCUGUUAUCUUAUCUCACUUUUUAAAUAUCAUUUGAUUUUUCUGUUUCAUAUUUCAUUCGGACCAGUCAAUCUUUUUAGUUUCUAUUGCCAGAUAUGAUAAUGUCUUUAUGAAACUUAACUAUUUUAAGUAUGCAGUUGUUAUGCGGUUAUCACUGAUGCGGAUCUGCACGCCGCUUUGGUGUGAGAGCGAGACGACUCUUUGUAAGAUUAUAGCGAUGUCACGCUCGAACACUUGAGCCGCGUGCGGAUCUGCAUCCAAUGUGCAGACCGACUUAUACAAUAUGUGAUUGUAGUUAUUUAUUUUGGCGGCUGAUGAACUUUUGUUUUAUUUAACCUAGAUAUUGGUGUCUGUUGGUUUUGUUUCACUGUUAUGUGUAUUGUAUUAUAAUGUAUUCGUUUUGGACCACUGCCCGUUUAUAGAGUUGUAAAUACAUUGGUGUAAGAAACAAUGUCGAGGUUCUUGUUAGCUCCACUGAUCAGUUUUGUAACUUGUAGUAAUUUAUUGUAAAGGCUGUGUAAAAAUUAUUAAAAAGCCCUUGAAUGUUCCGCUCGACAAGAUUAUACUGGGGUCGUGUAUGAAAUCGAAAACAAAUUGUUUUAUGGAAUGGUUCAGUGUUAUUGACUGGAGGUUUCAUAAUAAAAUUAUAUUAUGCUUUAUUUUCACAA